AUGAAGGGUGACAUCAGACAGCUCAACGGAGAGGAGGACACCAGCAGGAGAGACGACUCCAUCAUCACCAAUGGGGCCUGCAGCGACCAAUCCUCCUACUCCAAGGAUGCCCCCUCACCCCCGGUCCUGGAGGCUGUCAGCACCCCGGAAAUCAGAGGCCGCAGAUCAAGUUCACGACUAUCUAAGAGGGAAGUCUCCAGCCUGCUAAGUUACACUCAGGAUCUGACUGGUGAAGGUGAAGAAGAAGAAGAUGGAGAUGGCUCUGACACACCAGUGAUGCCCAAACUCUUUCGUGAAACCAGAACUCAUUCUGAAAGCCCUGCUGUACGAACUCGAAAUAGCAACAGUGCCUCCAGACAGGAGAGGCAAAAGCUUGCCCUGCGUUCCACCCGUGGCCGGCAGGGUCAGAAUCAUGUGGACGAGUCCCCAGUGGAGUUCCUGACUACUAGGUCCCUUAGGCGACGGGCAACAUCAUCUGUAGGCACCCCUUGUUCAUCUCCAGCCAGCCCAUGCCUCACCAUCGAUCUCACAGACGAUGACGUGAAUCCCCAAAGCAGUAGUACACCGUAUGACAGCAUGGUCCACGACAGUCAGCUUGAGAGCUUGGGGUCCCCACAGGUGGAUAUCGAGGGCAAAGAAGUCGAUGGUACUGAGUAUCAGGAUGGAAAGGAGUUUGGAAUAGGAGACCUUGUGUGGGGAAAGAUCAAGGGAUUUUCCUGGUGGCCCGCCAUGGUGGUUUCCUGGAAGGUUACCUCAAAGCGACAGGCCAUAGCUGGUAUGCGCUGGGUCCAGUGGUUUGGUGAUGGCAAAUUCUCUGAGGUCUCUGCAGACAAACUCAUGGCCCUGGGGCUGUUCAGCCAGCACUUUAACCUGGCCACCUACAAUAAGCUGGUCUCAUACAGGAAGGCUAUGUUCCAAGCCCUGGAGAAAGCCCGAGUCCGAGCUGGCAAGACCUUCCCUGGCAGCCCAGGAGACUCCUUGGAGGACCAAUUAAAGCCCAUGUUGGAAUGGGCCCAUGGGGGCUUCAAGCCUACAGGGGUUGAGGGCCUCAAACCCAACAACAAACAACCAGUUAAUAAGCCGAAGGUGCGUCGUAAAGACAGUGGAAACUUAGAGUCAAGGAAACACGAGAACAAGACACGAAGACGCACAGCUGACGAAUCCACCAUCUCAGACCACUGCCCCCCACCCAAGCGCCUCAAGACAAAUUGCUACAACAAUGGCAAAGACCGUGGGGAGGAGGAUCAGAGUAGAGAGCAAAUGGUUUCAGAUGUUACCAACAACAAGAGCAAUCUGGAAGAUAGCUGCUUGUCCUGUGGUAGGAAAAACCCGGUCUCCUUCCAUCCUCUGUUUGAGGGUGGGCUCUGCCAGACAUGCCGGGAUCGCUUCCUGGAGCUGUUCUACAUGUAUGAUGAGGAUGGUUACCAGUCUUACUGCACCGUGUGCUGUGAGGGCCGAGAACUGCUGCUCUGUAGCAACACCAGCUGUAGCCGGUGCUUCUGUGUUGAGUGUCUGGAGGUCUUGGUGGGCACAGGCACAGCAGAGGAGGCCAAACAGCAAGAACCCUGGAGCUGCUAUAUGUGCCUUCCACAGCGCUGCCAUGGCGUCUUGUGGCGCCGCAAAGACUGGAACAUGCGUCUGCAGUCCUUCUUCACCAGUGACAUGGGGCGAGAAUACGAAGCCCCAAAGUUGUACCCUGCGAUUCCUGCAGCCAGGAGGCAGCCUAUUCGAGUGUUGUCUCUAUUUGAUGGAAUUGCAACAGGAUAUUUGGUCCUUAAAGAAUUGGGCAUCAAAGUGGAGAAGUAUGUAGCCUCGGAAGUGUGUGAAGAGUCCAUUGCUGUUGGAACUGUUAAGCAUGAGGGAAAUAUCAGAUACGUGAAUGAUGUCAGGAACAUUACAAAGAGAAAUAUUGAGGAAUGGGGCCCAUUUGACUUGGUGAUUGGUGGAAGCCCAUGUAAUGACCUCUCAAAUGUGAACCCUGCCCGGAAAGGCCUGUACGAGGGCACAGGCCGUCUCUUCUUUGAGUUCUACCACCUGCUGAAUUAUGCACGCCCUAAAGAGGGGGACAACAGGCCCUUCUUCUGGAUGUUUGAGAAUGUUGUAGCAAUGAAGGUUGGUGACAAGCAGGACAUCUCAAGAUUCCUAGAGUGUAACCCGGUGAUGAUUGAUGCGAUCAAAGUGUCCGCUGCUCACAGAGCCCGAUACUUCUGGGGCAACCUGCCAGGAAUGAACAGGCCUGUGAUGGCAUCAAAGAAUGAUAAACUCGAGCUGCAGGACUGCUUGGAAUUCAGUAGGACAGCAAAGUUAAAGAAAGUACAGACAAUAACCACCAAGUCGAACUCGAUCAGACAGGGGAAAAACCAACUUUUCCCUGUUGUCAUGAAUGGCAAAGAAGAUGUUUUGUGGUGCACUGAGCUAGAAAGGAUCUUCGGCUUUCCUGUACACUACACGGAUGUGUCCAACAUGGGCCGUGGUGCCCGCCAGAAGCUGCUAGGGAGAUCCUGGAGUGUGCCUGUCAUCAGACAUCUCUUCGCCCCCCUGAAGGACUACUUUGCCUGUGAAUAG